AUGUUGCGUGCUGGAAAAUCAGUUUGUCCGUGGGUACUUGCAGUACCGGAAGCUCGCUGGUCGACCCCUGCUCUCCUGUUGCUGCCGGCUGUAGUCAUCCUGUGGUUAUCGUCCGAGCGUGGCAGUUCUAAUUUAGUAUCACUGCAGCAUUGGGCCUCUACACGGUGGUGCGAACGAGGCCGUCGUUCGGAUGCUAAUCUCGAUCGGACGUCCGGAGAACGUGUCAAGAGGCGCGAGAAGACACUUUCAGGGUUUGGUCACCGUGUAUACAAGAAUUCGGACCCUCGUUCUUUCAUCGUGCGCAACUGCGGACGAAUUCUUCAAAGUGACCGGAAAGGAUGA